AUGUCCGCCAGGCCGGGGUUUUAUCGCCAGGAGCUGAACAAGACGGUGUGGGAGGUUCCCGAGCGCUACCAGAACCUCACGCCGGUGGGAUCCGGGGCGUACGGCUCCGUGUGCUCUGCAUAUGAUGUGGUGCUGCGUCAAAAGGUGGCAGUGAAGAAAUUGUCCAGGCCGUUUCAGUCCCUCAUCCACAGCCGGAGGUCGUACAGAGAGCUGAGGCUGCUCAAACACAUGAAACACGAGAAUGUAAUAGGCCUGUUGGAUGUCUUCACACCGGCUGCUGCUCUCAAGGAUUUUAAUGAGCUGUAUGUCUCGCAAGGAAGAGGCCCAGAGGAAAACUCAGCACUUUCCCAGUCCACACACCACUUCAUUGUAAACAAUGUCCUGCAAAACCGUAAGAUCAAUGCCACUCAGCGCCAGGCUCACAAGGCCUCCGAGUGUCACAUCAGACAAUUAAAACUAUACCUGGUGACAAAUCUGAUGGGUGCCGACCUCAACAACAUUGUUAAAUUUCAGAGACUGUCCGACGAACAUGUACAGUUUUUAAUCUAUCAGCUCCUCCGAGGGCUCAAGUACAUUCACUCUGCAGGAUUGAUACAUAGAGACCUAAAGCCCAGUAAUGUUGCUGUCAAUGAAGACUGUGAACUCAGAAUUCUAGACUUUGGCCUGGCCCGACAAACAGACGAUGAAAUGACAGGGUAUGUGGCGACCCGCUGGUACAGAGCCCCUGAGAUCAUGCUCAACUGGAUGCACUACAACCAAAAUGUUGACAUAUGGUCUGUAGGAUGUAUCAUGGGAGAACUGAUCAAAGGAAAGGUCCUGUUUCCCGGCACUGACUAUAUUGACCAAUUGAAACGAAUCAUGGAGGUGGUGGGGACACCGACACCUGACCUGCUGCAAAAAAUUUGCUCUGAACAUGCACAGAAGUACAUCCAGUCUCUGGCCUACAUGCCGCCACAAGACUUGGAGAAGAUCUUCAGAGGAGCAAACCCACUAGCCGUAGACCUGCUGAAGCACAUGCUGGUGCUGGACUGUGAUGGAAGGAUCUCGGCGAGUGAAGCCCUGGCCCACCCGUACUUCUCCCAGUAUCACGACCCCGAGGAUGAGCCGGAAGCCCCGCCGUACGACCAAACGCUGGAGAGCAAAGACCGCACCCUGGAAGAAUGGAAAGAGUUGGUGUUUGAAGAGGUGAACAGUUUUAAAACAGUGGUCUGCACUGCCGCAGAAAUAGUCGCUCAAGUCUCCACACAGUGCGCCAUGGCUUUGCGCUCCAGCAGGACGGGUUUCUACCGGCAGGACGUGAACAGGACCGGCUGGGAGGUCCCGGAGCGAUAUCGAGACCUCAAGCAGAUUGGGACAGGAGCGUAUGGGACUGUCUGUUCAGCGUGGGACAGACGAACAGGAGCUCAAGUUGCCAUCAAAAAACUUCACAGACCUUUUCAGUCCAAGCUCUUUGCCAAACGGGCUUACAGAGAACUACGACUGCUGAAACACAUGAAGCAUGAAAAUGUGAUUGGGUUGCUGGAUGUCUUCACCGCGGAGAUUGCAUUGGACCGCUUUAAAGACUUUUAUUUGGUGAUGCCGUACAUGGGGACAGAUCUGGGUAAACUGAUGAAGCUGGAGAGGCUGACGGAGGACAGAGUGCAGUUUCUUGUUUAUCAGAUGCUGCGAGGACUCAAGUAUAUCCACUCUGCAGGGAUCAUCCACAGGGACCUCAAGCCGGGGAAUUUAGCCAUCAAUCCAGACUGUGAAUUGAAGAUCUUGGACUUUGGCUUGGCUCGACAGGCGGAUGCAGAGAUGACCGGUUAUGUUGUAACUCGCUGGUACAGGGCGCCUGAAGUGAUUCUCAACUGGAUGCACUACUCACAAACAGUGGACAUCUGGUCUGCCGGCUGCAUCAUGGCAGAGAUGCUGCUGGGGAAACCACUUUUUAAAGGAAAUGACCACUUGGACCAGCUCAGAGAAAUCAUGAAGAUCACAGGAACACCCAUCCCUGAGUUUGUGAUGAAGCUACAAAGCCAAGAUGCCAGAAGCUACCUCAGAAGUAUACCAAAGGUGUCUAAGAAAGACUUGCACACAAUACUCUCCAAAGCUAGCCCAGAUGCAGUGAGUGUGUUGGAGAAGAUGCUCUUAUUGGACCCAGAGGAGCGGGUCAGUGCCUCAGAGUCACUGGAGCUUCCGUUCUUCAGUGAGUUUAGAGACACUGACGAAGAAACCGAAGCACAGCCAUACGACCAGACCAUGGACAACACUGACCUGCCCCUCGACCAGUGGAAACGUCACACGUUCACAGAGAUUUUGACCUUCAGACCUCCCAAAGACUCUAGAGAGACCACCCUUUGA